AUGGCCGAGUCUUCGGGUCCACGGUUCUUAUUGUGUGCUUGUGUGCUUCUAUUGACGUUAAUCGCAAGUCUAUUACAGCUAAUGUUCUUCACACUAUUGCCACAGAUUCAAUUACAUAUUGAAUUUUGCAAUCAGACGCUAGCGUCACGUUCUCUUUUGGCUCCAACACCCACAAGUAUCGAGUUAGUACCACCUAUGAAGCUUCUAUUCCAGUCAUUGUACGUCUCUCCACGUGAAUUGGCAUUGCAACAAAAAGAACAAGAAAGACGACGAAAUGAUGUGACGAUAGAGGAUCAGAAAAAGACCAUUCGAGGUCAAAAGAAGAAGAAAAAGACAAUGGAGCUCGAAGUUUUUCAAGCCAAGACAUUAAUAGAGACUCAAGCAUUGAUACUACAGGAGCAAUUGGUCAAGAAGGAGCUAGAGAGGGAAAAAGAGCAGCUUCGAAAUUUACCUGCUGGUUUUUUCUUGCAGACACGAGGACAGGGACAUGAAGCUAUAAGCUCCAAGGCCGCGUACUGUAUCAAUGUGAUUGCACCUUGUGAUUCGACUGGAUUGCUCGUGGACUUUGAACUGUAUUUAAAUUCUUUGCCGUCGGCUCGACCGAUAUAUGCAUUUAAAGGUGAUGGCGAACAGGAGAAUGCAAAGAAUGUGAGCUUUGAUAGGAAUAACGUCCAGCGAUUGGACAUGCCGACGUCGGUUAUUGACAUUUACUUGGAACGACAUCCUGCAGACAAGAAAUACUAUCCGGAUUUUCACCCACCCAAGGAGAAAAGUAUCUGGAUGAUGCAGAAUGUCGAGUUCUUUGAUAGACAUGAACUGGACAACCCUAGAGUCGGGGUGAUGAUAGUCAAAAACCGGAUAGGACUGAAAAAAGUGAUCGAGUAUAGAUAUCGACAUCAACUCUCGUACUCUGUCUUUUACACCAAGCACACGAGUCGUGACGUAUACCAACCUGCGGUACAGCGUGAUUGGACAUCGUUUCUUCAUCUUGCAGGCUGGAGCCCCUUUAAGAACACGCGAGUAAUUUUCCAGGCAUGGGCAUUGCAUCCGGAAUGGCCGCAACUCAUCAUUCGUGUCAUCGAGCCCGAAUUGUGUCGGUGGAUUGAGGAGCAGUUUGGUGACAUGGACUCGUGGCUGCUCCAAAACGUAGACUACGCUUGCGGCUCGGUGCCUGCUGAAGAGAAAGACCGAUUGCAGAACCAGAUUGGACUCCACUUGUGUCCGAGCGAGACAGAAGGGUUUGGUCACUACAUUAAUGAGGCUCGUAGUGUUGGCGCACUUAUCCUGACAACGAACGUACCACCGAUGAACGAACUCGUGGACGAGAAGAGCGGUGUGCUGAUAGGAGAGCCCUACCUUUGGUGGUGGCAGACGAAAGGGGACUUAUUUAUGCCGCUAUCACAAUUGACGGUAGCCGACAUGGAGCGAGGAAUAGAACAAAUACUGCUACUCUCCAUCGAGGAGCGCCAACGAAUGGGGCGACGGUCACGUGCGAAAUUCCUUGAGGACCGUACAUACUUUUUCAACGCCAUGGCCGCAUUAGAAGAGAGUCUUUGCCAGGAUGAGAUCCGAAUCGAGAAAUUACAGUCCUAUCUGUACUAG